ACUCCCUCUCGGUCUCCGCUCGCCAACACCGCUCAUCUCUCUCUUUCUCUCUCUCUCUAUCUGGUUCAGUUGUUCGCCGACGACAAAGCGGUUCCGGAAACACCUCUUACCGUCCAAUCUCUUUUAUCUCCGGCGGUUUUCUCAGCCACUGAAUCGCGAUGAGUACCGGCGAGCUUCUCAGCGUCGAGCCUCAGGAGCUCCAAUUUCCCUUUGAGCUGAGGAAGCAGAUCUCGUGCUCUCUAAAUUUGGUUAACAAGACCGACAAUUAUGUGGCUUUUAAGGUCAAAACGACGAAUCCGAAGAAGUAUUGCGUCAGACCCAACACGGGAGUGGUGUUGCCGAGGUCUACCUGUGAUGUUAUAGUUACAAUGCAAGCACAAAAAGAGCCCCCUCUUGAUAUGCAAUGUAAGGAUAAGUUCCUACUUCAGAGUGUAGUUGCAAGUCCUGGAGCAACAGCCAAGGAUAUAGCUCCCGAGAUGUUCAAUAAGGAAGCAGGGCAUCCUGUUGAGGAGUGCAAAUUGAGGGUUGUAUAUGUUGCACCUCCUCGACCUCCAUCACCAGUUAGAGAAGGUUCUGAGGAAGGUUCUUCGCCUAGGGCUUCACUCUCUGACAAUGGGAAUUUAAAUGCUUUGGAAUUUACAAAUGCCGCGAAAGCUUUUGUUGAGCAGCAUGAUCCUCAAGAUAACUCGUCUGAGGCAAGGACUCUCAUUUCAAAGCUUACCGAGGAGAGAAAUUCUGCUGUUCAGCAAAACAAGCAGCUUCAUCAAGAGCUGGAGCUCUUGAGGCGUGAAGUCAAACGGAGUCAUGGUGGUAUUUCGUUGAAAUAUAUCUUUCUUGUUGGCUUGGUUUGCGUCAUUUUGGGAUAUCUAAUUAAGAGCUCAUGAGUCCAUAACUUUUCACUCUUCUAUGUCAUUUUAGUUAUUGAUGGAAAAAUGAAAUGUAGAAAAAUUGGAAAACCGAGUCUGUGACUGAUCAGAGUUUUUUGUUCAACAAACCACCUGCUGGUCUGUGUUAUCAAACUAGAAGUUUUCUUCUGCGUGUGAUGGAUUAGAAGCCUACUAUUGUAUCAGUAUGUAUUGACGGUAGAGAAAUUUACUGGAUUUUUUGUAAUUUCAGCCCAGGCUAGCUUAGGCCCAUUACGUUUAGACCAACCAGGUAAAUUUGACUGGCGGGUCCAGUUUGUAGUUAGCGCGAUAUAUGUCUGACCCCCCAGUGCUGUAUGGGCUUUGAGGCCUGCAAACUUGGGCCUAUUAAUUUGUUAGCAAGAUUUCGGGCCUAAUUUUCCACCGUGGGAUUAUUUUUC